AUGCCUUCCCAAACAGUCAAGACCUCGGUCCCCACCAAGCAGGACAUCGUUCCUGAGACUCUUCUCAAGAAGAGAAAGUCCCAGGAGAAGGAGCGCGAGGCCCGCACCGCUGACCUCCAGAAGAAGCGCGCUGAGAAGCGCCAGGUCAUCUUCAAGCGCGCCGAGUCCUACAUCAAGGAGUACCGCGAUGCAGAGCGCGAGAAGAUCCGCCUCCAGCGUGUCGCCAAGCAGGAGGGUUCUUUCUACGUCCCCGCCCAGGCCAAGCUUGCCUUCGUCGUCCGCAUCAAGGGUAUCAACAAGAUUGACCCCAAGAAGCGCAAGACCCUCCAGCUCCUCCGUCUUCUCCAGAUCAACAACGGUGUCUUCGUCCGUCUGACCAAGGCCACCAUUGAGAUGCUCAAGAUCGUCGAGCCCUUCGUCGCCUGGGGUUACCCCAACCUCAAGACUGUCCGUGAGCUCGUCUACAAGCGUGGUUACGGUAAGGUCAACAAGCAGCGCAUCGCUCUUUCCGACAACGCCAUCGUCGAGGAGAACCUCGGCCAGUACGGCAUUGUCUGCAUGGAGGAUCUGAUCCACGAGAUCUUCACCGUUGGCCCCAACUUCAAGCAGGCUUCCAACUUCCUCUGGCCCUUCAAGCUUUCUAACCCUCUCGGUGGCUUCCACAAGCGCAAGNNGUAUGUCUAUCCUUAUCUUUCCCUUCCUUUCCAAACCUCGCUGACCUCCUCUCCGUUUAAUCAUUUCAUUGAAGGUGGUGACUUGGGCAACCGCGAGGAGCAGAUCUCUGCCCUUGUUGCCCGCAUGAACUAA